ACCCCGGGAUCCGGUAGCGCGUUGGGCGGCAGCUACUCUCCCUAUCAUCCCUCCAGUUUCUCCUCUCGGUGCUCCAGUCGUGGACGAAACGAAACCAGCUUUCAUUCGCUCGGACUGCCUGCACCAGCAUCCGCCUGUUCCUCCGCCUCGUCUUCUUCUUCCUCAGCGCGGUCCUAUCUACAGGACGUGUAUCAACAACAGCAGCGUGAGCUCCAGUACCACCACCAUCAGCAACAGCAACAACAACACCAUCCCCAUCAUCCUCAUCAGCAUCAACAAGCUCCGCCUCCGUCCAUGUUUUCACAUCACAACCAGAAAUCUCCGGUGCACGAAUUGACUACCAGGCAGUUACUCUCCGAAGCGGCUGCCACUGCCUAUGCCCACGGCCUCGGUCUAGAAGCUCCAUUCGUCUGUUGCUCUGGAUUUUCGCGGCACCGCGGCAGUGGCACACGUCCCCAUCGUCUGGUCAUGUUUCCUGUCGGCAUGACCAUUCGGCAAUGA